GCAAUUUCAUCAGAAUGGAAAAAAAUGGAACUUGCCCAUACUGACAACCAAAUUAUUCUGAUGGGAGAUUUCAAUAUUGACAUGUUGCAAGAAUCCAGGAGAAGGUGUGAUUGGCUGAAUUUUUUGAAUUCUUACAAUAUUAAACAAAAUGUGUUCGAACCAACUAGGAUAACCCCAACAACUUCAACAUGCUUAGAUGGCGUGUACACUAAAGUUGAUUGCCAAGCUUCUACUAAUGUCAUACAUUAUCAUGUUUCAGACCAUGCUGCACAAAAAAUUACAUUUGGAACUGAUUGCAAAAAGCAACACGUCCACAGACGAAUUUUCUCACACGAAAAUCGAGAAAAACUCAAAAAAUUUCUAGCUGAACAAGACUGGACACCAGUCUACAAUAUCAGUAGGGAAGAUGUUGAUUUACAAUUCAACACAUUUCUAGAACUGUACCAAAACAAUUUGAACAGAGCGUGUCCAUUAGUUAGGAUCACAAAAGAAUCCAAGCACCUAAAAAAUUUGACAACUGAUCCCACAAUCAAAGAAUUAAAGAAUAGGCUUGACAUCUUGCUGCUCCUAAGUCAGAAAGAUUCAGCAUUCAAGAAGGAAUAUAGUGAAAUUAAAAAGCAGUAUGAUAGUGCACUCAUCCAACAGAAAAAAGCUAAGUUUGAAAAAAUAAUAGAAGAUUCUGAUAAUAAAAACAAAGCCAUCUGGACAGUAAUCAAUUCCCUGAAGAACAAUGCCAAAAGUAAUUUUUUCCAUCCGAUGAUAGGAGUCCAAAUGUAA